AUGGCGCAAUAUAAAUGGAACCCUUUCAGUUGGAAAUAUUCUACUUUGGAAAAUAAAAAAGAGUCAAACACUCAAUACUUGGAACAUUCAAGUGGAAGAGAAGAAAAUAUUCCACUUAACCCUAAUACUAGCUACAAGUUAAAUAAACUUCGAAGCAUAUCCAGUGGAGAAACUUUAAAUUCAAACGAUCGCUCUAACAUUUCAUCUAAGAGGAAACAACAAAUAUCAAUAGGUUUUUUAGGUGUAAUGUUGGCUGCUAUUUUGGUUUCCAUGGUUAUGGUACUUGUUACUACAACAAAUAUGAUAAUGGCCUCACCCUUUUGUAAGAGGUUUCAUGGUGUUACCACAACUGCUGAACCGUCAAGGGAACACAUUGAUUUUAGGCAAGGUGUCAUCCAGCCUGCCGGUGAGACCCAUGAAUUGCCAUACAACGCGGAGGCUAGAAGGGCGUCGAAAAAAUUAUAUGAAUUACUGAGUGAUUUUGACACGGCGUUUUACGAUUCGGAGAAUAUGAUUCUAGGUACAACUUUGUUUACUGAAAACGUUUACUCCAGACAGCCUCAUGUUGCCAACGGUUAUAUUGGGAACAGGGUCCCCAAUAUUGGGUUUGGUUUUGCUUAUGAUGCUUUGAAUUUCUGGUCAAAUGCCUCGGGGGCCCUUGACAAUGGCUGGCCAUUGAGGAAUCAGAGGUUUGCCGGGUCAUUUCUUUCCGAUUUUUACUGUUUGGAACCCAAAUUGAACUCUACAAAUUUCCCAGAGCUUGACGACAAGGGGUAUCCAACUGUAAUAUCGUCUAUCCCAGAAUGGUCUAAUUUACAGUUUAGUUUGAAUGGCUCUUGGUUUAAUACUUCAAGUGUGCACAACGAAGAUGUCUUAAACUACAAUCAAAAUGUUUCCAUGAAAGACGGUAUUGUGACCACAGAGAUGGACUGGUAUAAUGGAAUGGUCCACGUGAGAAGUGAAAUAUGGGCGCAUAGGAGGAUCCAUCCGUUGGCCGUCAUGUCGCUUGAGGUUACCUUAAACGAGGAGCACUUGCCUGAUGAUUUCGAUCAACUUGACAUUGACAUCCAUGACAUUUUGGAUCAUGCUACUUCAAUGAGAACCGUGCUACAAGAUUUACAGGUAGAUGACAAAAAUUCAGCCAUUUACAUGAUUGUUCAACCGGAUAACGUCCCGGAUUCCAAUGCUGCAAUUUACUCCACUUGUAUCGUGGCUGAUUCGCACAAUGUCGCACAGAACAAUUUUGAAUUUGGAAUAAAUUCUAAGGAAGCUGGUAAAGUUUCCCAAAUCAGUAGGAACAUUUUAUCCAGAGAGAACCCAUCAAUCACCGUCACUAAACACGUUGGAAUGAUGUCUACUGAGUUCAAGACUGAAGAACAUUUUCUGCAUUUGUCUAACUUAGACGUUGCCAGGAACAUUGCACUAAACGCUAAGGGGCAAUACGAAAGCCUACUAUCAAGCCACAAAAGAGCAUGGUAUGAUUUGUAUAAUGAUGCCUUUAUUGAAAUUCCAUCAGAUGCUUUGUUGGAAAUGACAGCGAGAUCUUCCCUGUAUCAGCUGCUUGCCAAUACAAGAACAUACAACGUUUCAGAGCGUGGACUACCAGUUGGUGUUGGUGGCUUGUCGUCCGAUUCCUAUGGUGGUAUGGUCUUUUGGGAUGCCGACAUUUGGAUGGCCCCAGCUUUGCUACCAUUCUUCCCAGAAGUUUCCAAAAACAUGAACAACUACAGGAACUCAACACAUAAGCAAGCACAGUUGAAUGCGCAGGAGGCUGGGUAUCCUGGCGCAGUCUAUCCAUGGACAUCCGGUAGAUUUGCAAAUUGUACGUCGACUGGGCCUUGCAUUGACUAUGAGUACCACAUCAAUGUCGAUGUUGCGUUGGCAUCCUUUUCAAUUUAUUUGAACGGAGCGGCAGGUAUCGAUGACGAUUAUUUGAGAUACACAACCUGGCCAAUGGUUAGGGAUGCCGCGCAGUUUUUCACUUCCUUUGUGAAAUAUAAUGCGACAUUUGAUCGUUAUGAAACCCACAACUUAACUGACCCGGACGAGUUUGCAGAUCAUAUCGACAAUGGGGCAUUUACUAAUGCAGGGAUAAAGACGCUUCUAAAGUGGGCGACUGACAUUGGUAAUCACCUUGAAGAGAAAGUAGAUCCAAAAUGGCCCGAGAUUUCUGAAAAAAUCUAUAUUCCUAGGUCCCCCUCAAACAUCACAUUGGAGUAUUCUGGAAUGAACAGUAGUGUGGAAAUCAAACAAGCAGAUGUCACAUUGAUGGUUUAUCCUUUGGGUUAUAUCAAUGACGAAUCUAUCUUAAUGAAUGCGAUCAAAGAUCUGUACUACUAUUCGGAGCGACAGUCUGCUUCCGGGCCUGCAAUGACAUACCCCGUAUUUGUUGCUGCCGCUGCAGGUUUGUUGAAUCACGGGUCAUCGUCGCAAAGCUAUUUGUACAAAUCGGUUCUGCCAUAUUUAAGGCAGCCAUUUGCACAAUUCAGUGAACAGUCAGAUGACAACUUUUUGACCAACGGUUUGACACAACCGGCAUUCCCAUUUUUAACCGCCAAUGGGGGAUUUUUACAGAGUAUUUUGUUUGGCUUGACAGGUAUAAGGUAUUCGUAUGAUACCGAUCCUGAAACCAAGAAAAUGUCGCGGGUUAUGAGAUUCAAUCCCAUCCAAUUGCCAUUAAUGCCAGGUGGACUUGCCAUUAGAAACUUCAAGUAUUUGAAUCAAGUUUUGGACAUUAUUAUUGACGAUAAUAAUGGUACAAUUGUCCACAAGUCUGGGGAUCAACCAAUUACCAUUUUGGUGCCCAAUAGAGAUCUGAUUCAUGACCGAGACAUUAAUGUGUAUCGUCGCAACAGCUCGUACGCCAAGAGGGAUUUGUUUUCCAGAGAAGAAAUGCAGAUUGAAAAGUCUCAACAAAAGAAUGUCUCAGGAACCUACUAUACCUUACAUCCUAACGAGGAAUUGGUUUUGCCGUUGUUUAAGCCAGGUUUGAACAUUGAAAACAAUGUUGCCGAAAAUCAACAAAUUACAAAUUUAACGGCUGGUGUACCUGGGGAUGUUGCAUUUUCGGUAUUAGAUGGUAACAACUAUACCCACUGGCAACCUUUGACUAAGGCCUCUGUUGGUAAGCUGUUAAUUGAUUUGGGUCGGAACAACGAGAAAGAUCUCCGGCACGGUACUAUCUUAUGGGGACAGCGGCCUGCCAAGAAUGUCUCGAUAUCUAUUUUACCACACAAUGAGCUGAUUGAAGAGAUUUUCUCCAAUGUCACCUACAUUUUAGAAAACUCGCAAGAUAAGGAUCCCAAAAAGACGAUUGAGGAGCUGGUCGGAAAUUAUGUACAUGUGAAUCCGGACAAUAAAGACUGUGUGUCAGACGUUUUGACCAUUUUGAAUUGGAAAAUGGAUAAUGUUGAUGAAGUUAUCAAGCAGAUGCCGGAUAUUGGUUUAAUCCAUGAAACUUUUGUCACUAUUGUGGAUAACCUAGAAAUAGAACCGAAUGAACCGUAUUAUGACGAACUGAUUAGGAAUUCGCAAAUUGAAUUGCUGCCAAGCAAUAUGACAGUUUUUGAUAUCGACUACUCGAAGGCCGAUUUCAGUAACACUUUGAAAUGUUUCAACUCUGGCAAUGAACAAGACAUGAUAAAAGCAAGAUACAUUGUUGUCUCCGUGCAGGGGACCUAUGAUGAGGAUGAAGACACAAAGGGUGCCACUAUUAAAGAAGUUGCAUUCGGUGUGUGA